AUGGACAGUUGGCUCGUUUUUCCAAAGGAAUGGUGCAAUCAGUUGAAGUGUAAAAAUCGGGAACCCGAUUUCUCGAACCCGGACACGACAUGUGUGUGUCAUCACAACCCGGCGGAUUAUCCCUAUGACAUAUGCAAAAAUCUAUUCCCUAGAGACAGUGAUUUUGCCAAUCGCCAAGCAAUCUUGGAUAAGAAUCGAGAGAGAAGCCAGGGAACAGUUGAGUACGUCGAACUCCUCGGCAAAAGAGUUUCCACUUCUGUCGUCAGCUACAUAAUAGUGGGUUUGUUGCUGUCAGUUUCAGUAUUGACCUUGGUGAUGCUUGUCCUCGGUGGAAAACGAUUACGACAAAAACGUGCCGAACGUCAGCGCCAAAUACGAUUGGCCAGAGAGACACUGAUUCUGCAAAGAGCUGACGACGAUCGAUAUCUACCAUCUGCUUGA